CGCCCGCACACACGAGCGAGGGGCUCCUCACGGAGCUCCGCGCCCGCACGAGGGAUGUCUCCGUCAGGCGCCUUCCCUAGGCGCUCGUCCUCUCCAUGACCGCACUUGGACGAUUUUGAGCGCGCUGUGGAAAACACAACGGAACCUUCCCGGAACGGUCGCUCCGCGGCCCGGGCGGCGGCCGGGACGGUUUGGCGGCGCACCGAGGCGGAAGAGGGCGGGCGGCAACGUGUCGGGGACGGCCGGGCCUGACUGCGGUCCCCCUCGUCACCCCCGCGGCCCCUCGUCUCCCCUGAGCUCCCCUGACAUUCCCUCAGCGCCCCGCAUCUGCCCUGCUCUCCCCUCCGCCGCCGCGGAGAUGGAUGACGAGCCCGAGCGGACCAAGCGCUGGGAAGGAGGCUAUGAAAGAACGUGGGAAAUUCUUAAGGAAGACGAAUCCGGCUCGUUGAAGGCAACCAUCGAGGACAUUCUCUUCAAGGCAAAGAGGAAAAGACUCAAUGAGCACCAUGGACAAGUUCGGCUUGGAAUGAUGCGUCACCUUUACGUGGUUGUUGAUGGAUCAAGAACAAUGGAGGACCAAGACUUAAAACCAAACAGACUUACUUGCACUCUGAAGUUACUGGAAUAUUUUGUUGAAGAGUACUUUGACCAGAAUCCUAUUAGUCAGAUUGGCUUAAUUGUAACCAAGAGUAAAAGAGCAGAAAAAAUGACAGAACUCUCAGGAAACUCAAAAAAGCAUGUAACUGCUCUGAAGAAAGCAGUGGAUAUGAAUUGCAGUGGAGAGCCUUCUCUGUAUAAUUCCCUCAAUUUGGCCAUGCAGACUUUAAAGCACAUGCCAGGACAUACGAGCAGAGAGGUUUUGGUGGUCCUCAGCAGUCUGACAACAUGUGAUCCAGCCAACAUCUAUGAUCUAAUUAAGUGUUUAAAAGCAGUAAAGAUCAGAGUAUCUGUCAUCGGCCUAAGUGCUGAAGUUCGAGUUUGUACAGUACUUGCCCGAGAAACUGGUGGAACAUACCACAUUAUUUUGGAUGAAAGUCAUUAUAAGGAACUGCUGAUGCACCAUGUCAGUCCUCCACCUGCCAGUUCAACUUCUGAGUGUUCCCUUAUUCGAAUGGGUUUUCCUCAGCAUACUAUUGCUUCUCUGUCUGAUCAAGAUGCAAAGCCCUCCUUUAGCAUGGCGCAAUUGGAAAAUAACAGUGACCCAGGUCUUACUCUAGGUGGAUAUUUUUGUCCGCAGUGCAGAGCCAAAUACUGUGAGCUUCCUGUGGAAUGCAAAAUCUGUGGUCUUACAUUAGUGUCUGCACCUCACCUGGCUCGGUCUUACCAUCACUUGUUUCCUUUAGAUGCCUUUCAGGAAGUUCCACUGGAAGAAUACAAAGGGGAACGGUAUUGUCAAGGCUGCCAGGGAGAAAUGAAAGAUCAAAAUGUGUACAUAUGCAAAGUGUGUCAGAAUGCAUUUUGUGUGGAAUGCGAUGUGUUUGUUCAUGAUGCGCUGCACUGCUGUCCUGGCUGUAUUCACGAGCACCCUGCUCCUGUAUCUGUAUGAUCUCUUAUCAUUUUAAAAAGUGCUGUAUCCUUGUCAUUCUUGCAUGAAUCUAAUUAGUUUAUUCAGCCAUCCCUUUAACUGACGCAUCUCUGAACAAGAAGAUGAUUACAGAGGGAUGAACAGUGGAGUAGGAGCAAAUGUUAAUUUUCUUAUUAUUUUAUUACUUUUAAUAUAUACUUGAAUUAUCUGUAUCUAUUUUUUGUUGUUGUCUAAAGAACUAUGGCUUUUUUUAGCUUUUAUUGUAAUAAAGUGUAUAUUUGUAAAUGUGAAAGUGAUAAAACUGCUUUUUA